AUGGGCAGGCAUGGCACCGUGAUCUUGCGACGCGUCGACAAGCCGGUUCCCAAGACGGUUGCGCCAACUUCGAGCCGCGUUCUGUCUCUCUCUACGCGACAGUUGUCCCCGGCCCUGACGAUGGGCUCGCCAAGUACGCCCAAUAAUGGCGCAGCGCCGAUGCCGCCCAAUUGGAGCUUAUGGCGGCCCGACAACGGCAUCGUUUUCGGCGCUUCGAACGGCGUAUCGACCGUGGUGACGGCCUCGGGGACGGCUACAACUGCAGCUGCAACGGCAACAGUGACUGCGACCGCUCCUGUGUCGGAAACAACUCAGACACAGACCAAGUCGUCCGCCGCAGCCACAGCUUCGGUUUCGACAACACCUCGUAAGCUUGUACCUCGAGUGGCCGCAUCGCCGCUUGCGCAGCAGUCACCACGGCGAGCGGUUGCUUUUGCGCAGCAGGCCACAACCCAUUUUGUACAUACGACCAUGCCGAUACGGUUUAGCCCCAAGCAGGCGAUACACAGCAUGGCGCAAAGGGCAGACGUGUUUGAGGAUAAGCUUAGUAGGGAGACCUUCGGCGACACAAAAAACGGGACCAGGACAAAAGAACAAACGGGGGCAAGGGAGACAGUAACGACCGAGACUGAAAAGGCAGCAGAGGCAGCAGAAGCAACAGAAGCAGCUGCAGCACCAGAAACGUCACCGGAAACAAAUUUAGACUACAAGGUCCCCGACGACCUGUUUCGCGCUGCCCGCGUUGCACCAGAAGGCAGUCCAGAGUCCUACUGGUCGUACGCGCUGUAUCGAAAUAUUCAGACCGAUAAGAAGGGCGACGACAAAGCCGACAACAGUGACGAUGCUGCCACCAACGCAGCUAAAAAAAGUCCCACAACCGUGAAGGUGCAUUAUUGCAAGAGCAAGCUCACAACAGAGCGUGUGUGUCAAGAGUACUUUUUAGACGAGCCCCUUCUGGGCUUCGAUCUCGAGUGGAUGCCAAACGCUACGCGGUGGGAUAGCGCCCGCCGUAACGUGUGCCUCGUGCAGCUCGCCAGUCCCAGUCGCAUCGGUCUCUUUCACCUGUCGCUGUACCCAGCCAAGGACGACCUAAUGGCGCCUAAGCUGCGCCGCAUCCUCGAGGACGCAAGCUCCAUCAAGGCCGGCGUCUGUAUCCGGGGCGACGCGACACGCAUGCGCAAGUUUUUGAAUGUUGACAUGCGCGGCGUCGUGGAGCUCAGCCACCUGCACAAGCUUGUUACGUACUCGAAAUCGGGGGAGACCAGUCUCAUCAACAAGAAACUGGUCUCGCUGUCAUCACAAGUGCAACAGCAUCUGCGCCUGCCCAUGUUUAAGGGCCAGGACGUGCGGGCCAGCGACUGGUCUAAACCGCUGCAGAUGGACCAGAUUAUCUUUCAAAUUUUCUCCGUCUUGGAAAUGCAGAGAGAGAGUCUCGACCCGAAGCCACCACGGCCGGCCUUUGCUGAACUGAACCUGCCUAUCAAGCUCGCUGGUGGCGUUGUGGCCUCACCGGCUGCGGCUGAAGAGACAAGCGAAGAAGCGGCUGACGACCUGGCCGAAGAGCCGGCCGUAGAUGGCGACGUUGGCGUAUCGCCGGCACAGUUAUCAGCCGAAUAUUUGGAUAAGGCCAAAACGACGAUUGAGUUCGAGGCCGAGGAAGACAAGCCGGCAACUCCUGCCACACCAGGCAAGACCCGGACCGCAAGUGCACCUUCGUUGUCGGAUACACCAAAGACCUCCAAGACCCCCAAGUCUCCAAGGUUGCCCAAAAGCCCGGCCACGCCAUCCAAGACCAAGGACGCGCGCAUCGUCGCAGCUGAAGAGUGGAUCGCUCGCUAUCGUGCGACGGCCAGCAGCAACGGGCGAACUGUGCGAGCGCGGCCGGCAUCGUUGCGUGCCUACCAUCUGUGGCACGGCAACGACGAACUGGAUCCCGUGACGCUGGCUGCCCUGCUGCGCGACCCGCCGUUGCAGACCAAUACCGUCGUCUCCUAUAUCCUCGACGCCGUGCAGCUCGAGGCGCUGCCGUACGUCAAGACUCGAUUACGGGAUGAGCUGCUGGAACACAUGCCGCGCGACUUUCUGAUGAAGAAGUAUUCGGGCCUUGCACGCUCCAGCGGUUACACAGUCGGUCCCGCCAGCGCCUCAGCUUCGACCGGCUUCCGAAAAACGUGA